AUGCCCGAGCAGGCCCAAACUGCAGCCGCACCCUCCAAGUCCAAGCACGGCCAUGCUGCCUCGCAGGCCCAGCCGGCUCCGCGCAAAGUGCGCUUCAACGUCGGCUCGCAGUACCAGGUCCUAGAUGUUGUCGGAGAAGGUGCCUACGGCAUCGUAUGCUCUGCCGUUCACAGACCGAGCGGGCGCAAGGUCGCCAUCAAGAAAAUCGCACCCUUCGACCACUCCAUGUUCUGUCUCCGUACCCUGCGCGAGUUGAAGCUCUUGAAAUUCCUCAGUGAGGCAGGGGUUAGCGAAAACAUCAUCUCCAUCCUCGAUAUAAUCAAGCCACCAUCCAUAGAGCAAUUCAAAGAAGUAUACCUCAUCCAAGAACUCAUGGAAACCGACAUGCACCGUGUCAUCCGGACACAAGAUCUUUCUGACGACCACGCCCAAUACUUCAUCUACCAGACCCUCCGCGCGCUCAAGGCGCUGCACUCCGCCGACGUCAUCCACCGUGACCUCAAACCUUCCAACCUACUCCUGAACGCGAACUGUGAUCUUAAGGUCUGCGACUUUGGUCUCGCGCGCUCAGUCAAGACCGCCGAACCAUCCGGCACCGAGACGGGCUUUAUGACCGAAUACGUCGCGACGCGGUGGUACCGCGCGCCGGAGAUCAUGCUUACAUUCAAGCAAUAUACCAAGGCGAUCGACAUCUGGUCAGUCGGGUGCAUCCUCGCGGAGAUGCUCUCCGGCAAGCCGCUCUUCCCGGGGCGCGACUACCACCACCAGCUGACACUCAUCCUCGACGUGCUCGGCACACCGACGCUCGACGAGUUCUACGCAAUCACGACGCGCAGGUCGCGCGACUACAUCCGCGCGCUGCCCUUCCGCAAGCGCAAGCCGUUUGCGCAGCUCUUCCCGAAUGCCAACGCGCUGGCGGUAGACUUCCUGACGAAAAGCUUGACUUUUGACCCUAAAAAGCGCAUCACUGUCGAGGAGGCGCUGGCUCACCCAUACCUUGAAGCAUACCAUGAUCCAGAAGACGAACCCGUUGCACCGCCACUUGACCCCGAGUUCUUCGAGUUCGAUUUGCACAAGGACGACAUCAGUCGCGAACAGCUCAAGGAGCUCCUGUACGACGAGAUCGUGUCCUUCCGCGCCCCGCCCAUCGUAUAG